GUUUGCUUGGUUCGAGAUGCAAUUAAUCGUAACACUUUUAUAACGAGUUUGAACCGCUGAAUGCAUUUGAUGUGGUGUUUUGAAGUCACCUAACAAAUGAACAUGCCUGGCUGAUAGAUUGAUUUAAUUUUUCACACCCUUGAGCCCUGUUAAUGUACACCAGAUGCUAGACGCAUGCGCGACAGUGUUUCUGUAUUGUUUGUUGUCUGGCAAUCGAUGUUUUGUUGCAAUUCAAUUCUGUAAAAACUAUAUAACCUAUCCGUCAAGUACCGUAGUACUACGCCGUAUAAGAUUUGUGUACUUUUAACUGAAUUCUUCUACAUGCCUAAUAAAGAAUUCUUGUAUUUUCUUGAAAAUUUUGAAAUUUAUUGCAAGUUGCUAUUUUAUUCUAAAAUUCACAUUGGAAAUGGCUUUAAUGCCAUUUCUAUAGCACACUCAUUUUAUGAUCUAUUGCCAACCUGGAACUUCUAAAUUCAAUGGCCUCUCAAGAUGAUUUGGGGUUACUCUGGUAUGGCGUUGCUGGGGUUCCAUUCAACACCGCUGACCCUGCUGAUGUGCUGCUCAACUCAGGGACUGCACCUCCACCUCUUCUCUCAGACCACCCUCGCCCACUGCUUGCCCAGCACCCACACCUCUCCAACACUCCCCAGCUCCACACACUAUCCACUCCUCAGCCACAGCCUCCCCAACAGACCCAUCAUACCAUCACAACCAGCCAACAUUUCUUGCACCCCACAAUUACUACCCCAGCUUAUGCAGAUCCUUCCCCAAUGUUGCAAACUCAUCAUACUCAAAUGCUUUAUGAUGCAAGCACUGGUGACUACAUCACACCUCCUGACUACAUGUAUGAAACACUUGAGAAUUAUGAUGAUGACUCAUCAGGGGGUCAGUCCAUGCUACCUUCUGGCCAGCACGAUCCUAACACUCCCUCAGAACAUGCCAGUCAUCAGUCUGGCUUUCAAAAUAAUUAUAUGGAUGAAGAAUCUGACCCUUUACCUGUGCCAAAGACUAAGAAACCCAAGGUCCACCAUCAUCCUGCUCUCAAGUUGAAGACUCCUAUUGCUUAUCAGAAGGACACUGACUUGAAUGCUAUUCCCAUCAUGAGAGAAGGAAUGGCUGUGUGUGAGAAAUGUGGAGCCAUUGGAGUGAAGCAUGCCUUCUAUGGUAAGGAGCGCAAGUACUGUAGCCUCGCUUGUGCCAGACCUGCACUGCAGAUCUCGGGAUCAGCCAGCAAGAACAGCCCUGAGCUCAGCACCAAUGACGACAGCACUGACAAUGCUCCUGACAAUGUGGAUAAUGAUGAAACGAAUGAUAGCAUAAGUGCUUCAAAUGGCCAAAACAUUGCUGGUGGAGAUUCAUCAUCAUCAUCAGAUUGCAAAGCUUCUCUCCAGCAGCAAUCAAGUUUUAGUAUCAACGAAGACACAAGCAACAGUGGAGAGUGCGACAGUCCAGCUCCCUCCACCACCGAUACUGACACUACAGGCAGCCAGCACUAUGAAGCUGCCAAGUCAUAUGACUGGACCACCACUUAUCUCAAGAAACCAGACUUUAGAGCUGUUCCAGUCAAAUGUUUUCCACAUGCGCCCAUGUCCGAGUGUUGGGAGCAGAUGGGCGUUGGCAUGAAGGUGGAGGUAGCUUGUGGCUCUGAAGGCGUCACUAAAGACGCUUAUUGGAUUGCCACAGUCAUGGGCAUUGCAGGGUACAAGGCCUGUCUUCGUUUUGAAGGCUUCGUGGAGAACAGCAGCUGUGAUUUCUGGGUGGAUUUGUGUAGUGAAGAAGUUCAUCCAGUGGGCUGGUGUGCUUCCCAAGGAAAGCCACUUAUCCCUCCACGCUCCAUUCAAGAUAAAUAUUCCGACUGGAAGCAGUUUUUGAUGAAGCGCCUCACCGGUGCCAGGACAUUACCAUCAAAUUUUCACUCGAAAGUUAUGGACAGCCACAAGUCUAGAUUCAAGGUUGGCCUCAACGUAGAGGUUGUGGACAAGAACCGCAUAGCACAGAUGCGUGUAGCUUCCGUUACUGAAGUUGUGGGCAAGCGACUUCAUCUUCGCUACCACGGCGCACCUCCUCAUGAUAAUGGUUUUUGGUGUCACGAAGAUGCACCAAUCAUUCACCCUAUUGGCUGGUCACGAGAUGUUGGCCAUGAGAUUGUUGCAAGUCAGUCAUACCACGACAAGUGCAUUAGUGGCGAGUAUGAGAAAACAGACGCACCCCCUCACCUGUUCGUACAGCCCCCCGUGCCAGCAUAUGUUCGCAAUGGCGAUUCUUCCAAUGCUGGUUUUGCCAAAGGCAUGAAACUCGAAGCCAUUGAUCCGCUCAAUCUCGCAUCUAUCUGUGUUGCUACGGUUAUGAAGGUACUAAGGGAUCACUACCUCAUGAUCCGCAUAGACAGCUAUGAGAAUGACGACACUGGCUCCGACUGGUUCUGCUACCACGCAACUUCCCCUUGCAUUUUCCCCGCUGGUUUUUGCCAAAUCAAUAAAAUUAAACUCUCUCCUCCUAAAGGCUAUGAAGGAGACUUCUCGUGGUACAAUUAUCUCAAGACCACUGAAGCGACGGCUGCCCCACCUGCUCUCUUCAAUAGAGAUAUUGGUCGCUGUGGUUUUGAGGUAGACAUGCAUUUGGAAGCAACAGAUCUGAUGGAUCCGCGAUUAGUUUGCGUGGCCACCGUAAAGGCCGUUCACGGCCGCCUCCUGCAAAUACACUUUGAUGGAUGGGAGAGCGACUUUGACCAAUGGAUCGACUGCCAUAGCACUGACAUCUAUCCCGUGGGCUGGUGCCAGAUGGUAUCUUACAGACUCGAGGGACCUCCUCAUGCUGCACAUGCAGGAGCAUCAGGGCCAAGACGACGUUCCAAGACCCGCGGUGGUGGCCGAAGACGCAGAGGCGGCGGGAGCGCUUCCGUGGCGCCCCCUGCCCCUGCCAACGUCGCUAGGAGAGGGCGAGUGGGCAAGGAGAGCGUCAGGAUAAAGGAUUGCGUCAGAGACGUCUUGUCCAACAUUCCAUCUGAAGGAACUCAGCUUGGUCGACAAAGCAGUGAAGCAUUUUCCAACGAGUUCAACACGCGCGGCGUGGCGUCUCGAGGUCGAGGCAACAGAGGCCGCCGUGGGCGCCCUAGGAAGUUCCGUGCCGCCAGUGACGCGACGCAGGAUAGCAGCCUAGGAGUAGGCAACAGCAGUAGCGACGACAUAUUGUCUUCUGAAAAUCACAUGUCCGUAGACCGCUACCUCGAGGAUGAGCUCAGCAUCGAGCACACUGCCGACACCGAGAACAUGGAUGACCAUUCCGACGAGGAUACCUCAUCGGGUGUCGCAUCUCUGGCUGACAGUGACGGCUGUUCUUUAGACGAUUGGGCCUCUGAUGCGAGUCACUUCAAACAAGGGCAACAGGUAGCCUUGAACGGAACUGAUGGAGGAUGCAGUCUUACCACCCCUACGCCGUCUGUCAUCGAACAGCAGCAACUUCUGCAGCAAGUACCAGGCGGUAAUGACCUCAAAGACUCUUUUGGGGCAGGGCAGCAACAGCAGCUGCCGGCUGCCCUUUUGCCUGCCGAGCCCUCUUUGCAGGAUCUAUUCGCUUCUGAUAGCUUCCCUUCAAGCGGCUUACAAGACUCGCUGUGUUCUGAUCAAUACCUACAACAUCAGCUUCAAACUACUGAGGCAUCUAUUUGUACGCCAACGUCCGUAUGGAAUCAAAAUGUCACUCUGGCCCCAGCUGGGCAAACUACGUUCAUCAAUGGACAGACCGCUGGGACGUUGCUACCGAAUUCAACUUUCCAAACUUUGGCGCUGACAUCGCCAGAGCUGAACGACACUUUCGGCCCUACGGCCUUGGUGGCUAUGACGAUGCCUCCCAAUGUCGGCUCCCAGCAGCUGCAGCUUACUCAGCUCCCCAUACAUCUAGCCUCGAAUCUCAACACUGGAACCAUGAAUUUCGGAUUGACGGCCGUACCCAUGGUCGCCUCAGAUCAGCUGCUGUUGCUACAGCAGCAGCAAGAGCAGCAACCUCUCUACAUUCCUCGCCUCAUCGACGGCCCUAUUAAAGACGGGAGUAAAGUGCAGCCUAAACUCUGGACCUGCACCGAUGUGGUCGCCUUCCUCGAGAAGAACGAUUGUUCUGCUUACUCGUCCAAUUUUCAGCAGGAGGGCAUCGAUGGCCCAUCUUUGCUGGCCUUGAACCAAACACCGGGUCGAGUCAUGGAGCUCACAGGCAUGAAGGUUGGACCAUCCCUCAAGAUUCAGGACCUCAUCAAGCAACUCGUCGCUCUCGUCAGCCCUGCCCAGGCGCGCUACCAGGCGACGCUCCUCAAACGGGGGCUGACUUUCCAGAGAGCCCCAUAAUAUUUAUAUUAUUUGCUCUCUCAUCAUGUUCCAUUGAUAUCAGUUUGUGUAUGCAUUUUUUUGAUUUCUUGACAUACUCCAAAUUGGGGUUGCAGAUGUGUUGAAUAUUAUAAUAUUUUCUGCUAUGAUUUUGUUUGUAUUUUGACAGAAGAGACCGUAAUUAACGUAACUGACCUAAUGAGGUUCUUCACGGAAGUCAAUAUCCUACUUCCUUACUUGCCGUUGCACGCGGUCCGUUAUAACUAGAAGUUUGUAAUUUCUCAUUGUGAUUCCUUCAUUUCUAGAAGAUUUACGUUCUUCGAAGGCCUUGUCAUUGCCUCGUGACGUUGCAAUACAUCCUCGCAUGGCAGUAGUUGCCUCUUUAACAGCCACGCCUAAUGAUGCACGUCCUGUCUACUCCCUUCCAUUUCAAUACUCUUGUUUCGCUCUUAAAUCUUUCGGUGCUCUGCAUUUAAGUCUAUAUCAAUGGAUGGAUGAUGUGCGGAGGUUUGUUUCUCGUGUAACUGCCUAAGGUUCCGUUUGAAUUAAGCAGAAGUCCACUAUUCGUCAUCGGUGUGCACGCUCUUGGGUUGUCCUUGUUAUUUUAAUAACUUGCUUUGUAUGCAAGAUGCAUUGUUUCCAAGAGCCUUAGUUCUGUAUGAGCAUCUGGCACAAAACGUCUGAAACAUUCUUGGCCUUGCGCUAAACGUUUGUUGAAAAUCGUUUUUAAUCUCGUGCAUACGCUGGAAUCAGUGACCUUCGAUUUUAUCUGUAAUGUAUAUGACGUAAGAUGACAAACUUGAACAAUGACAAACUUGAUUUUGAAAACUUGAAAGCCGGCAAAUCAUCCUUGUAAUUGCAUGAAUGUACAUUAUUAUUAUAAAUAUUACUCUAAUUGAAUGAAUAAUGUUGCGGUGGAAGCUGAGCUUCUUCAAAGCCUGAGUGGCAAAUAGUGUCGAUUAUUGAAUAACUACGAUUUUUCAGAACCUGUUAAUCCUGCUAAUUGAUCGUCAUUUCGUAUACGAUCUUGGAAAUUCAUAGAAACAUCAGAGGCUCGACUGCACCUUGCAAGUUCUGUGGAAGGUAAUCACGAGUUACGAGUUAUGUUCAAUCAACUACGACGAGACUAUCUAAAAAUGUGUUCGCUCUGAGAUCGGGAUGCUGACGCUGGUUGUCUAUUGUGUAUAGAGCCUGAAGUUUUUGCUGGCCUCUUAAGUCUAAGUAAUCGGAAUUACUGGCCAUUUGCAAUGGUAUUGUAGAGCCAAACUCAGUUUGCCAAAACCUUUCGUUUGAUGUGAUUAGCGUGUCUCGUUUUUUAGCAUCUUUUCGGUUAAGCAAAUAUAAGUGCCAGCUUUAAUUUCUUGGAAGUAUUUGUCAGCUUUUAUUUUUAAUUAAUUUACAACUACAUUUGUGUCGAGCGCGUGCUUGCCACAACGAUUCUCAUCAAUACGUAUUACCCUUUUAUGGCAUUACGCGGUUACCAAAACUGCAUUUGUAACAUUUUUAACGAAUAAUUAUUUUCUUAUAUGAUAAUGAAACCCAAUAGAACUUAAGAGUUUCGACCUCUGUGUUUUAGUUGUGAAUAUUUGUAUAAACUAUCGGUGUAAUAUGUCGAAUGUGAUGUGCAAAUAUCACGAGCAGCUUUCUUGUUAAUAACGAAUGUUGCGGAGAUGGUCGUUGGAUACCGUUACAUUGUGUUUUCUUAUGCUAUUUGAGUUCUGCGCUUUUUAUAAAUGGAAAAAUUAAUAUUGAUGUGUACAAGUCUCUGGUUCAGAGACGUCUUUGUAAGUGAUGACAGAAGAAAAUUUUAGACUUUACAGAUAUCAUCUACUUCGUCCGUCGCGGUUAUAUUUGAGAUAUAUAUUAGCUUCCAUUUUAACCCGGAUUUGCUUGGGAAAUUGUAAGCACUGUCCAUGAUAUGAACGGAAAAUGCCAAUGUCUGGUAUCCAUCAUAUCAAGCUUGGAGGGUGUCCAAACAAGGCUGCUGGAUUUGAUUUGCGAGAAGUAUGAUUUAGUCAGAUCUUAUUCAAUUCAGGUCUUCAGAACAGUAGUUUCUUUAAAUGCUUUAAAUAUCACAUUCAGAGACAACUUUUUGUACCUUUUAUCUAAAGCAAUUAUCCAUGUAAAACAUUAAGGGAAAAAUUAUGUUUACCUGAGUAAGGUCUCCGCUAAAUUUUGUUCUAUUCAUAUUUUUCGUAUGAGGUAUAUAUUUUCAGCGCAAGAAUAACUUUCUGCUCAUUAAAUAAGUUAAUUCGUAGUUGGGGCAAAGACAGAUAAAGUGGGUGCGAUGUAGACAACGUUGCAUGAUGUAGAUUGAAUAGGCUAUCGAUAGUUUUUUUUAAAUCAUCGGCGGCGAUUGAAAAGGUCAUGUGGUUUUUGUAGAAAGCACAAAAUCUUGCGAAAAUCACUCAUAUUGGAGUUCUUGUUUUAUUAUUUUGCCAUAUUUGACCCAAAAUAACGUGGACAAUCGUGAAAAUAAUUUCCACUGCACCUAUAAACGCUAAACGCAGAACCAUCUGCUUGAUCUUCUAUUAUAAUGUUUGUAAUAGUCAGAUCUAAACUCGGUGUUUCAAUAUAUUUUAUUUUGAAUAAGUUACAUUGCGCGACAAUGAAAUCCGUGCUGGUACGACUUACAGCUUCGUGUUGAUGCCCAUCUAAGAGCCGCCAGUAUUUGCAUUGCUCGUGGUUUUGAUGCCACCGCUGCAAUUAGUUCCUGCCAAUAUUAGUUUCCUGCUGCACUUAGUAAUGAUCUUGAUCUUAUUGUAUGGUAGCUUGUCUUCCUCUUUUUGUAUUUUUAUUACCAUUAUGGUGAUGACCCAGGUUGAAUCUUAGUUUAAGCGUACUAGUUUUAAUCCUCACUUCAUAUCAUUUGUAUAAACUCAUUCGAAAGCACUCUUCUGCUAUAUCUGUCGUUUCUUAAAUAAUAAUGCGUUCAAUCA